CACGCGCUCCGAGCCACUCAGCGCGCCCGGCGGCCGACCCCGGGGGCCUAUAAUUAAUCCACCGCGCUGGCCCGCGGCGCGGAGACGCUGGGGAAGGAGGCGCCGGGUCAGCCCUGACACACCUCGCCAACUUGCUCCGUUCGGCGAGUUGGACUGGGCCGGACGUUCUUGGCCCGACAGCGAGCUCCAGCAGGGAGCCCGCCGCCGCCUCCGCCGAGGUCCCGGGCCAGGGUGCGCCCCUCGGGCGGGUGCCGCGGCCGGGAGCGCAGUGCGGACGCCGGGGCCCGGGCAGGUGUGCGGGGCGUUGGUGCCGGAGCGGGCCGAGGAGAUUCCAGCUGCAUUGGAGACUGGUCUUUUUCUAAGGUUAAAGGAGAAGAUUGUGAAGGGAUAGUGAAUUCUCUUUGAGUUUCAAGUAACAGAAUAAGAGGGAGAGCUCAAGCAGAUGACCUUGAGAGCUGUGAUGUGAAGACUCUGAAGUCAUUCCAUGUGUGAAGCCAUGAUUUAAAUAUCUGCAUUAAGAUUUCAACAAGAGAAAUUUAAGCUUCUUUGGAUUCCCAUGUCAAAGAAAAGUUCCAAGCUUUCAGAGAGAGUUUUCACUUGAAGAUAAAGAACAACUUGCUAACAGCAAAAGAGAAAUUGAUGUUAAGCUUUUAGCUGCACUUCCUAAAGUUGCAGAAUUAAGAAAAAUCUUUGAGCCAAAGAGGAAAGAAUUCUUAGAAAUGAAAAGAAAAGAAAGAAUUGCCAGGCGCCUAGAGGGAAUCGAAAAUGAUGCCCAGCCCAUCCUCUUGCAGAGCUGCACAGGGCUGGUGACCCACCGCCUGCUGGAGGAGGACACACCCAGAUACCUGCGGGCCACGGACCCGUCCAGCCCCCACAUAGGCCGAUCAAAUGAAGAGGAAGAAGUGUCUGAUUCUUCUUUAGAAAAGCAAACGCGCUCUAAAUUCUGCACCGAAACACCCGGCCUCCACGGUGAUUCACCCUAUGGCUCAGGAGCCAGGAACACCCAGGGUCUUGAGUCCAAAGCGGAAAGAAUAGCGAGGUACAAGGCAGAAAGGAGACGGCAACUUGCAGAAAAGUAUGGGUUGACUCUGGAUUCCGAUGCAGACUCCGAGUAUUUUUCUCGAUAUACCAAGUCCAGGAAGGAUCCUGAUGUUGUUGAGAAAAGGGGAGGGAAGAGCGACAAGCAGGAAGAUGCAGGCAAAGAUUCGGGUCCUCUGUACUCCAGGGCUGAGACCCAGGGGCUCAGGCCCGGGGCAAGUGAAUCCAAGAGCUACGCCUUCCGUGGCAGUGAUGGUGUUUCCGACAAGGAGGCACUGCUGACCGUGGAGACCCAAAGACCAGCUCAAGAGCCGGGCGCCACCAGGCAGGCCCACGACCCACCUCCAGCAGCCGAGAGUCCCUCGUCCUUCUCGUUCUCCGCCCGAGACUCCUCGUUCAGCGAAGUGCCAAGGUCUCCGAAGCAAAUGCCCAGGGCACCCCUCUCUUCCCUGAAGCAGCCGGCCUCGCCGAGCCCCUCUGUGGGGGACCCGCCAUCACACACAGAGACUCGAGCCAGUCCAGGGAAGCUCAAACAUGAGUGGUUUCUGCAGAAAGAUUCCGAAGGGGACACACCCUCGCUUAUCAACUGGCCGUCCAGAGUUAAAGUUAGAGAAAAAUUGGUGAAAGAGGAAAGUGCUCGCAGCAGCCCCGAAUUUGCCUCAGAGCCCUUAACUCAGAGGAGACACCAGCCGGUGCCAGUCCAUUUCCUGCCCUUUCAGUCAGAAAGCUCUGCCUUCGAUAGGGUCACAAGCAGAGCAGCCAGCUCGGCCCGGCAGCCCAUCCGCGGCUACAUCCAACCAGCAGAGCCCGUGCACGCUGCCAAAAUGGUGCCCGCAGAAAAGCCGGACGGUGCAUCCGAGUGCGGCUGGGUGGGAUCAACUCCCCAGAACGUAAUGAACCCCCCCACCCCGAAGGUCGUAGAAGGUGAGAGAAGGGGUACCCCGGUUCUCCAUAUUUGCGAAUCGCAAGCAGAAGAUGACAUGCUCUUGGCUGAAGCUCUCGAGAAAAGCAGGAAAUCACUCUUGACUCUGGAGGAUCCUGGGCUUGUGAGAAGCCACGAAGAACCCUCCGGAAACGAGGACUUUGAUAAACCCGCCACUGGCACAGUCACCCUAGAACAUCAGGAGGAGCAAGAAAGGCUUCCACACCCACCAGAAGUGCUGCCCCCACCCGCUGAGCGAAUGGGCAGGAGUGAGAUGGUUUUCUAUGUUCAGAAUGAGCCCGUGUCCCAAGACACCAAACUGGCAGGUCAGAGAAAGGAAGUUUCUAGGAAGAAGCACAAGGUCCUCACCCGCUCCCUCUCUGAUUACACUGGCCACCCACCGCUACAGGCCUUCAAGGGUAAGGACCCAGUUCCCCAGCGCGAGCCAGAGCCCCAGGGCUCCAAAGCCGAAGGGCCCUGUGCAGAAGUCGGUAUGGUGGACACCAAGGUCUCCGUCGCCCAGCUCCGAAAUGCAUUUCUGGAGUCAGUCAAUGCCAGCAAGAAACCCAAACUCCCGUCACGGGUUGAGAGCUCGACCGAAGGAGUUGGCUUGCCCACCGGUAUGGAACGGGAGAGAGGGUCCCGGAAGCCAAGACGCUAUUUUUCUCCUGGUGAAAGUAGAAAAACUUCUGAGAGAUUUAGAACUCAACCUAUAACCUCAGCAGAACGAAAGGAAUCAGAUAGGUCUGCUUCACAUUUAGAAAUGCCAACUGCCGAAGAAGAAGAGAAGGUAGAUGAACGAGCCAAACUGAGUGUCUCUGCCAAGAGGCUCCUUUUCAGGGAAAUGGAAAAGUCAUUUGAUGAGAAAAGUGUUCCCAAACGACGCUCCCGAAACGCAGCCGUGGAGCAAAGGCUGCGCCGCCUGCAGGACAGAUCCCACACCCAGCCCGUCACCACCGAGGAGGUGGUUGUGGCCGCCACAUUACAGGCAUCUGCUCACCAAAAGGCUUUAGCAAGGGACCAGGCAAACGAGGCCAAAGAGUCUGUCGACCAAGGCGAACCUGAUUCCUCCACUCUUAGCUUAGCAGAGAAGCUGGCCUUGUUUAACAAAUUGUCCCAGCCGGUCUCAAAGGCGAUUUCUACCCGAAACAGAAUAGACAUGCGGCAGAGGCGGACGAACGCUCGCUACCAGACGCAGCCAGUCACGCUGGGAGAGGUGGAGCAGGUACAAAGUGGAAAGCUCAUUCCCUUCUCGCCUAUGGUUAACACAUCCGUAUCCACUGUGGCAGCCACGGUCACUCCAAUGUACGCAGGAGACCUGCGGACAAAGCCUUCUGUCGAUGACAUUACAAGUGCCACCAGCUAUAAACUUCCUUCUUCAGUAGAAAACCCGGACUCUCAAGUUAGAAGCAUUCUGAAAUCACAAGCCUGGCCACCUUUGGCAGAGGAUAGUGGGAAUAAAGGAACCUGGAGAGAAUUUGGAGAGACAGAAAGCAGGAGAGUCUUGACAGGUGGAGACAGUGGAGUUACAAAGUACGGGACCCCGGAGGAAGCAGAACCAGCCUAUCCCCUCCCUGCUAGAGUCAGGGAAGGAGACGCUCUUAAGGAACCUAAGUACGCUGUUCCAAAAAAAGACAGCAUGGAACUACCUAAUCCUCCCAUAGCCCAUCUUCGUGAUGAACUCAAGGAAUUUUCCACUGCACAAGGGAGCCCGGACUGGGAAGACAGGCCAUCCUUUGAAGAGAAGGUGGAUGUAGAGACUGUCACAAAAAGGAAGUUUUCUCUAAGAGCGGCCGAGCGCACGGAGCCCGUGUGGGAGCCUGAGGGCGAGCCGCCGGGCCCCGCAGCCAGGAGGACGGCUGCUCAGAAGACCGCAAGCCCGGGGUCCUGGAAGCAGCAGGAGUCCUUCGAACAGCCCCAAGAGGCGUCCUAUAAGAGUCCCUGUGCCAUGUUUGCUGCCGGAGAGAUCCAGGCGCCAGCGAUGGAAGGCGUCUUCGACUCACCCAGCAAGACGAUGUCCAUUAAAGAAAGAUUGGCACUGUUGAAGAAAAGUGGUGAGGAAGACUGGAAGAACAGACUUAACAGAAAGCAGGAGUAUGGCAAACUGUCUGUCAGCGGUAGCUUGCAUAUACAAGAAGCAGAACCGUCACUCAAGAAGAAGGAAGAAGGAGGAUUUACAGAUGAUAAUGCCAUUUCUAAUCUGCUUUGGUGGGCCACAGACAGUCGGGAGAGCCAGAUGACCAUCGAGGAGCGGAAGCACCUCAUCACCGUGAGGGAAGAGGCCUGGAAGACAAAAGGCAAAGGGGCAGCCAACGACUCCACCCAGUUCACUGUUGCAGGCAGAAUGGUGAAGAAAGGUUUGGCCUCACCUACUGCCAUAACUCCAGUUGCUUCCCCUAUUUGCAAUAAAACUAGGGGCACCACCCCAGUUUCCAAACCCCUGGAAGAUAUCGAAGCCAGACCAGACAUGCAGUUAGAAUCUGACCUGAAGCUGGACAGGCUGGAAACCUUCCUGAGAAGGCUGAAUAACAAAGUUGGUGGGAUGCAAGAAACCAUGCUCACCGUCACCGGCAAGUCUGUGAAGGAGGUGAUGAAGUUGGACGAUGAUGAAACCUUUGCCAAAUUCUACCGCAGUGUGGAUUACACUGCACCAAGAAGCCCUGUGGAGCUAGACGAGGACUUCGAUGUUAUUUUCGAUCCUUAUGCACCCAAGCUGACGUCGUCUGUGGCGGAGCACAAGCGCGCAGUCAGGCCCAAGCGCCGGGUCCAGGCUUCCAAAAACCCCCUGAAAAUGCUGGCAGCCAGAGACGACCUUCUCCAGGAGUACACGGAGCAGAGGCUCAACGUGGCUUUCGUGGAGUCCAAGCGGAUGAAAGUAGAAAAGAUGUCCCCCAACUCCAACUUCUCAGAAGUGACUCUGGCCGGGUUAGCCAGUAAAGAAAACUUCAGCAGCGUCAGCCUGCGGAGCGUCAACCUGACGGAACAGAAUUCUAACAACAGCGCGGUGCCCUACAAGAAGCUGAUGCUGUUGCAGGUUAAAGGGAGAAGACACGUGCAGACAAGGCUGGUCGAACCACGAGCUUCGUCUCUGAACAGUGGGGACUGCUUCCUCCUCUUGUCUCCCCAUUACUGCUUCCUGUGGGUAGGAGAGUUUGCCAAUGUCAUAGAAAAGGCUAAGGCCUCUGAACUGGCAACUCUGAUUCAGACGAAGCGGGAACUCGGUUGUAGAGCUACUUACAUCCAGACUAUCGAAGAAGGAAUUAAUACACACACCCAUGCAGCCAAAGACUUCUGGAAGCUCCUGGGAGGUCAAACCAGUUACCAGUCUGCUGGAGACCCAAAAGAAGAUGAAUUGUAUGAAACGGCCAUAAUAGAAACAAACUGCAUUUACCGUCUGAUGGAUGACAAGCUUGUUCCUGAUGACGACUACUGGGGGAAGAUUCCCAGGUGCUCCCUUCUGCAGCCAAAAGAGGUGCUGGUGUUUGAUUUUGGUAGUGAAGUUUACGUGUGGCAUGGAAAAGAGGUCACGUUGGCACAACGAAAAAUAGCAUUUCAGCUGGCAAAACACUUAUGGAAUGGAACCUUUGACUACGAGAACUGUGACAUCAAUCCGCUGGAUCCUGGAGAAUGCAACCCACUAAUUCCCAGGAAGGGACAGGGGAGGCCUGACUGGGCAAUAUUUGGGAGACUUACUGAGCACAACGAGACUAUUCUGUUCAAAGAAAAAUUUCUUGAUUGGACUGAACUGAAGAAACCUAACGAGAAGAACGGUGGUGAACUUGUCCAGCAGAAGGAAGAGCCCAGGGCCGAAGCCAAGCCCUACGACGUGUCACAGAUGGUUCCCGUGCCCCCGGCGGCGGCCGGCACCGUCCUGGACGGCGUGAACGUCGGCCGAGGCUAUGGCCUGGUGGAGGGCGACGACAGGAGGCACUUUGAGAUCGCCAGCAUCGCCGUGGACGUCUGGCACAUCCUGGAAUUCGACUACAGCAGGCUCCCCAAACAGAGCAUCGGGCAGUUCCACGAGGGGGACGCCUAUGUGGUCAAGUGGAAGUACAUGGUGAGCACUUCAGUGGGAAGUCGGCAAAAGGGAGAGCCUUCGGGGAGGGUGGCCGGCAAAGAGAAGUGUGUCUACUUCUUCUGGCAAGGCCGGCACUCGACGGUGAGUGAGAAGGGGACGUCAGCUCUGAUGACGGUGGAGCUGGAUGAAGAGAGGGGUGCCCAGGUGCAGGUUCUCCAGGGGAAAGAGCCCCCGUGUUUUCUGCAGUGUUUCCAAGGAGGAAUGGUGGUGCACGCAGGGAGACGGGAAGAGGACGAAGAAAACGCACAGAGUGAGUGGCGGCUGUACUGCGUCCGAGGAGAAGUUCCCAUGGAGGGGAAUUUGCUGGAAGUUGCAUGUCACUGUAGUAGCCUGAGGUCCAGGACGUCCAUGGUCGUUCUCAACGUGAAUAAAGCCCUCAUCUACCUGUGGCACGGCUGCAAAGCACAAGCCCACACGAAGGAGGUGGGCAGGACUGCCGCAAAUAAAAUAAAGGAGCAAUGCCCCCUGGAAGCAGGACUGCACAGUAGCAGCAAGGUUACCAUACACGAGUGCGAGGAGGGGUCCGAGCCCCUGGGCUUCUGGGACGCCCUGGGGAGGCGAGACAGGAAGGCCUACGACUGCAUGCUUCAAGAUCCGGGGAACUUUAACUUCACACCCCGCCUGUUCAUCCUCAGCAGUUCCUCCGGAGAUUUCUCAGCCACGGAGUUCAUGUAUCCUGCCCGGGACCCCUCCGUAGUGAACUCUAUGCCCUUCCUGCAGGAAGACCUGUACAGCGCACCUCAGCCAGCACUCUUCCUGGUGGACAACCACCACGAGGUCUACCUCUGGCAAGGCUGGUGGCCGAUGGAGAGCAAGAUCGCCGGCUCCGCCCGCAUCCGCUGGGCCUCGGACCGCAAGCGUGCUAUGGAAACGGUGCUGCAGUACUGCAGGGGGAAAAACCUCAAGAAGCCGCCCCCCAAGUCCUACCUUAUCCAUGCGGGGCUGGAGCCACUGACCUUCACCAACAUGUUCCCCAGCUGGGAGCACAGGGAGGACAUUGCGGAAAUCACGGAGAUGGAUACAGAAGUUUCUAACCAGAUCACCCUCGUGGAGGACGUCCUGGCCAGGCUCUGCAAGACCAUCUACCCACUGGCUGACCUCCUGGCCCGGCCACUCCCCGAAGGCGUCGACCCUCUAAAGCUUGAAAUUUACCUGACCGAUGAAGACUUUGAGUUUGCACUAGACAUGACCAGAGCAGAGUACAGCGCCCUGCCCUCCUGGAAGCAGGUAAACCUGAAGAAAGCCAAAGGUCUGUUCUGAGCACCACACCUGUUGCCGGGAGAGAGAGCAGGCGGGACCCCUGCCGUCACCUCCAGUACCGUUGGACCAGGAAAAUGGCAUUUUUUUUUUUUUUGGACUGGUAUUUUUAAAAAAUAUAUUUUUUAAUCAGAGUUUUCAGAACCUGACGUUAUUAGCUCUACCCACCUGUCCUGGAGUUGUGCAUUUUGUAAAUGUUUCAGAGAACUCUUUGGAAACGCUCUCCGCCACCCAGCAGGUGAUGUUAAUAAAAGUCUCUUUGAUGUGCACUUCAGCCGGGGGUGCUCGGCAGCAGCUGCAGUCCUGCCCUCUUAUCCCAGCCAGGCGUUGCCUAUUUUUUUUUGAAGCAGUUCUCUUUAUAAAGUGUUAUUUUCAUAGUUUGUGGAUUCUAAAAUAUAUAUAUAUUUAUAUAAACACCAUAUAAAUCGCGUACAUAUUUAACAAAGCAAUAUGUAUUCAUUCACUUUUCAGAUCUCUUUGGUGUCAAAAUCAUAUUAAAAAGUAGAUGGAGUUGCUUCUAUUGAAUUAGCUCUCCCACCAAUGCGUAUCUUUACACACGUUCAGAAACAUUACCUUCAGCAUUAAGCCUGACUUGUUCUGAGUACUGCCGCAGGUGCUAAAAUGAACAAAGAAUCUGUACGUAAUGGCAUGGAAUCUUUAAGAAUCUAUGCGAAUCCACCUUUCUACCUUAAUAUCUCCCAAAAAAAAAAUGUAUAGUGCCUUGUUUUUAUGUACAGUUUAUAUACAGAAAAGUUUGGUCUGCAUUUUUGAUGAUGGUUUGGAACAUUAUCUACGAUUUUACUCUAAAAUAGUAGAAAUAAAGACAUCUCAAUUUCUAAUACCUGUUGUAAACAUGAAACACGUCUCUUUGGAAUAUCGGACUCCAAAAUAAAAGCUUCAGAAUAAACACAAAA